GGUGGCAGCGACGAAGACGCCAUUUUGUUCGCAAGCGGAUCUCGGACAGUGCCUCGGUGAUAAAAGAAUCUGGCUCGCGAAACGUAUUUUUCUAACAAAGCUGUGACUGCUGUCACGCAUUUGUUUCAGUGAGCUUCUCGUUUUUCUUAUUCUUCAUUGAGUUUACAGUGUAACAAACAACGUUCAUGAUUGGAAUUCCAAGGGACGAUCGGCAUAAAAUCACGGUCAAGAUCCGUAACAACAUGAAGAGGAGCUCGAGUCGCGACACUCCUCCUCCUCGUGUAAAGCGGAGCCGAUCCUCGAUGGGACGAUAUGAUGAUUCCAGUGAUGAACGAAUCACCCCGGAGCGAAUACGACGUCGAAGCAGAGGUGCGAGAAGUCCCAGUCCACCUACACGUGCUUCCUCCCAUGCACGUUACGUCGAGUCUAGCUCGCAUCGUGACGAAUACCUACGUACCCCGCGCGAUCUGCCACGAGAACGUCCUUACAGUUACAAAGUCCUCUGUAUCAGUUCUAUUCACCCGAAAGCCAGUGACGAGAUAAUCAAGGACACUAUAUAUAGGGAAUACAAGAAGUUCGGUGAAUUUUCUAUUCAAAUUUCGCAUGAACCUGAUGAACGGGUGGCCUAUGUGUGCUUCAGAAAUUCGGAAGACGCUCGUGACGCCAAGCAUGCGAAACCUCGUAUCAUCAUAUACGACAAAAUGGCCUUGGUAGAACCGGUGUACGACAGAUCCGAAUAUCGUCGUGCACGAUCCAUCACGCCGCCAGAUUAUGACAGAUAUUAUGCCCGAUCGCCCGGACCCACGGAUCGUCAUAGACCGAUAGAUCGGUACGAACGAGUUUACGGUCCACCGGUAGGUCUGCCCCCGCACCGAGAAAUGCGUCGUGAUGCUAUUCCACCCCCACAUCACGAGUUUGUUCGACCUCCGAUACAUCCCCACGGACCGCCUCAUGUUCAUCCAGGACCGCCUCAUCAUUACGGACCGCCACGCCAUAUGAUGAUUCGACAUCCCGUACAUGGAUUCGAACGCGUUGAGAAUAAAAAGGACAAGUUUCCUAAUUAUCUGCAUCACGUCUCACCUGAAGACGAUCCUCUUGCAACUAGAACUUUGUUUGCCGGUAAUUUGGAGAUCAAUAUUACGGAAGAAGAGUUGCGCCGUAUUUUCAGCAAGUACGGUAUUGUUGAUGAUAUCGAUAUAAAGCGUCCACCUCCUGGAACCGGUAACGCAUAUGCUUUCGUACGUUUUCAAACACUAGACAUGGCGCACAGGUGCAAAGUUGAACUGUCAGGCCAAUAUAUUGGCAAGUUCCAGUGUAAAAUUGGUUAUGGUAAGGCUACACCUACUACUCGAAUAUGGGUCGGAGGACUCGGACCUUGGACUUCCGUACCUCAACUUGAACGUGAAUUCGAUCGCUUCGGUGCGAUAAAGAAGAUUGAUUAUAUUAAAGGCGAUAGCAACGCGUACAUACUGUAUGACUCAAUUGAUGCUGCUCAAGCUGCAGUUAAAGAAAUGCGUGGUUUUCCGCUCGGUGGGCCUGAUCGUAGAUUGCGUGUUGACUUUGCGGAUGUAACGCCAGGUAGUUUUGGCUUCAAACCUCGACCAUAUUCCGAAGAGAAUAGCGAAUUCAGACCACGUCCUGUGGAUUAUGAAUCUCCUUAUGAUCCUUAUGGACCUGAGGGCGAGUUUAGCUAUGGACCGAGAAGCUUUCGUGGUGGAAGAGGUAGUGGCCCUUGGCAUGAUCGGCGAGGAAACACGCGAGGCGGUUACAGAGGCACCUAUCCUGAUGGCUAUAUUCGCGACGAAGCCGAGUGGUCCAGUAGAAGACCGCCGCCAGAGUUGGAGUAUGAAACACCUCGCGGUCUUCGAAGAUCGCUUUCACGCGAACCAGGAGUAGACAGAUCGAGAUCUCGCUCGCCCCGUCGACGACAAAUAGACUCCGAUUCUGAUACGGAUAAUCGUACCGGGAUGUUAUCAACAUCCCGCACACUGUCGGAUGUAGCACGUAAAUCUAUCGCGGUAUGGCAGGGUGCUUUAAUAUUAAAAAAUUCGCUGUUUCCAGCUAAGUUCCAUUUGACUGACGGAGAGACGGAAAUAAUUGAAUCUCUGAUGAAGGACGAAGAGGGUAAGCACAUGUUGCGCAUCACACAGCGGCUGCGACUUGAUCAACCGAAGCUGGACGAUGUGUCUAAACGUAUCCAGACUUCUAGUUCCCACGCAAUCUUCCUUGGCCUAGCUGGUUCAAGCACUGCGGUCACAAACGACGACGCUAAUGUACAGACACGGCCGUUGCGCAAUCUCGUAUCAUAUCUUAAACAAAAAGAAGCAGCCGGUGUAAUAUCUCUGUUAAAUAAGGACACAGAAGGCACCGGUGUACUCUACGCAUUUCCGCCUUGUGCGUUCUCCACAGAACUUUUGAAACGCACGUGUCCUAGUUUAAGCGAGGAAAGUCUCAAGGAAGAUCACUUGGUAAUCGUAGUAGUUAAAGGGGGUAGCGCCUAAAACAAUUUAGUACAUCAACUUGUCCGUAUUUUCAACAUUAGAUACAGUACAUAUGUAAGAUGACGGCGGAUCUAUACAUAUAUAUAUAUAAAAGAUUGAUUAGGACUUGUGUUUUUUGAUUGAUGUAAGUAUUUCAUCUUCAACUGGCUUCCAAGACAAAGUUUGUUUUUUACGAUAAGAUUAUAAAAAGACAAUUAUUUUUUUUUUUAUACAUGUACAUUGACUGAAAUAAGGACAUUUUUAAUGAUUAAUAUCAUUAAAAAACGUAAAAUAUAAAACAAAACUCGCGAGAUUGGGACAGUUAGUCCUUUAAGGACAGUUGGUCUAACAGUCUAAUCUUUGGUAUCAAAUUUAUGCGAAUUUCUAAAAUACUGUAAAUUCUCAAGUCUGUUUAUGUAUUCUUGUUUUUUUUUUUGUUUUUUUGUUUCUUUUUUUAUUUAUUUGAAUAUGUAAUUAAUAAAAAUGAAA